AUGAGGAUUGCUGGGUUUAGAAGAGUUGCAUUUACAAGCUUAAGACGUACCAGAAGUACUAGAUUAUACACCACUAGCAAAGAUCAGACUAAGCAGGCAGAAGAGCCAGAAGAGCCACAGCCACAACCACAGCCACAACCACAGCCACAACCACAGCCACAACAACAGCAGAAGAAAUCAGUCAAGCAGAUAGAUGAUGAAAUGCUCUCUAAACUGAAAGAAAGAGAUACUGGCCAGGAAGAGAUCGAAGAGGGCAACAUCGGUGGCGGAUUAAAGCAGAAUGUACGAGCGCAGAAAUUUAGAUUGAUUUGA